AUGGCGGGUCAGCUGGCCGCCGGCACCUGCGAGAUUGUGACCCUGGACCGCGACAGCAGCCAGCCCCGGAGGACGAUCGCCCGGCAGACGGCUCGCUGCGCGUGCAGGAAGGGGCAGAUCGCCGGCACCACGAGAGCCCGGCCCGCCUGUGUGGACGCGCGGAUCAUCAGGACGAAGCAGUGGUGUGACAUGCUCCCGUGUCUGGAGGGGGAAGGCUGCGACUUGUUAAUCAACCGGUCAGGCUGGACUUGCACGCAGCCCGGCGGGAGGAUAAAGACGACCACGGUCUCCUGACAAACGCAGCCCCUGAGGGGCCCCCGGGAGUGGCCUUGGCUCCCUGGAGAGUCCACGCUGGGCCACAGGCCUCCGUCCGCCGCGGACUCCACCCAUUCUCCGCCAUCGCCCGCUCUCUUCCCCGCGGCCCGCCAAGGAUAGCCUCGUCCUCGGCGUUCUGCGCCCCGGCCCGUCCGGCUGAAGCGAGGCGGCCGGGACUCGGACACACGGGCGGGCGGCGCCACGCAUCAGCAAUACCCGUCUGCGGGAGCCCGGCUGUGCCCACCCGCCGCCGGCC